AUUGUGUUUAGUCAACUAGUGGCAGGUUAGUUAGUUAUAUUAUUUAUCCUAAUAAAAAGCAAAAAAUGGAACGGAUCCAUAAAUAAACAAGCACACCAUAGAGAGUGAAUUAUAUUUUAUGUUUCGUUGGUGAUAAUUGUCCAAUAUACCCGUUUUGCAGUCAGCAUGACCGAUAAAUUAGCAUUACGUAAUGAUAUAAUGGAAAAAUUGGAUGACGCUUGUGUUAAAAUGACAUGGUAACUGUCAUUCUUUUGAACUUCAAAAGUCGCCAGUAAAGAAAUUGUGGCACCAUGUUAUUUCCUAUUAUUUAUGAUUGCAUGUGGCCAGGAAAAAUAAAUUGGACAGAUAAAACGAAGGAAAGCGAGGAAAAAUUGAGGCCACUUAAUGAAGUCGUAAAAAAACGUCGUGUCAUAAAUAUCGAAAAACGUCAACGUGCUACUUCCGCAAAGAUAGCAUAUAACAAGGAGCGAAAUUUGCGUUGCACUUUCAGUUCUGGUCCGGCAUCGAACACAUAAUGUCUGUAAAGCUCUUGAUUUACCUAUGCGUAGCUUUCAGUCCCUUGAUUUCGGGGCUGAGUGAUGGGGAAAGGUCAGAUAUUGCCAACAGUCAUAACGACUACCGCGCCAACGUUCGCCCAGAAGCAGCUGACAUGCUGAACAUGACGUACUAUGUGGCUGCUGAGAAAAUCGCGCAAUCGUGGGCAAGUCAGUGCAAAAAACUGACCCACGAUAGCUUUGCCAAUAUGAAGGACAGUAAAUAUGGUUAUUGUGGCCAAAACAUUUUCGUCUCAUCUGCUCAAAUGCCGUGGACGAGGGCAGUAGAGGCCUGGCAUUCAGAGGUUUCCCAGUUCACGUACAACUCUACACAAAACAUUUUCGCUGAAAUUGGGCACUACACGCAAGUAGUGUGGGCAGAGAGCCAUAAGGUCGGCUGCGGAUACGCAAAGUGCAGGGACGCCAGGGGCGUUUUCCACAACUAUGUCUGCAACUACUGUCCCGCCGGAAACAUCCAGGGUAAAAUUAAUACGCCUUACAAACAAGGAAAGAAGUGUUCAGCCUGCCCUGGGCCCUGCCUUCCAAAUGGACUUUGUACACCUUAAAUUGCAAAGUUGCAAGAAAUUAACGAAAAUAAAUAGAUGUUUGUAAAAAAAUUCCAUUUUGUUAUCCUAAAACGAAUUUUCUCGAAUAAAUGAAUGCGGUGAAAUCCAGUUUGAAAAUGUUAUCUUAAGCAAGAAACUUCACAACUUUUGCCGAUAAAUGCUACCAUACCCAGAGCUGUUUAGCUCACAAUCAGUCGCUUCCAAGCACUAAUCAUGUAUAGCCAAUACAAGUGUGGUGGACUUCUUAUAAUCCUGGUUUUCCAACCAAUGGUCCAUGGUGUACAAACCAUGGACAAGUUAGGAAUCACGAUACGACAUAAUUGGUAUAGGUCCAACGUGAACCCGCCAGCAGCAGACAUGCUUUCUAUGUCUUGGUACAAACCGGCCGCUGUGGAAGCGCAGUGGUGGGCCAAUAAGUGUAAUAGAUCGGACCCUGCAAAUUUUGAGGACAGAGUAUACGGAAACUGCACCAAUAACAUUUUAAUCGCUCCUGGAAAAAUGGAUUGGUCUAAUGUGGUCAAAUCCUGGGGUAGCGGCUAUAAAAACUUCACAUAUGGGAUGCAUAACAACGCCGCAUUAGUAAAGAGCUACGUGAAAAUGAUCUGGGCGCCUUUCUCAGAAAUUGGAUGCGGUUCCCAAAAAUGCAGUGAUUCCAACGGUAGUUUCCACAUUUACAUUUGCAACUACUGCCCAGGAACCAUCAUUCAGGAAAACUUCAACACUCCUUAUAAAAAUGGAAUAUGGUGUUCAGCCUGCACAGGUUCCUGCAAGAUGAUGAAUGGACUUUGCAGUCCAAAAUAAGAGUACGAAAAUAUUGCUACGAAAAAUCGUUGUUGCUUAUUUUAGUCUCAUUUACAACAUAUAAAAAUGGCAGGGCAUGUUAAAUGAUCGUAUGUAGUCCUAAUAAUUUUAAAUAAAUUAUGUGGUGAUUUCAGUG